CCCUGAGGAACUCCAGACGACACUCGAACAGAAGAAGAAAAAACAGAGCCCACAAAAACUUUUUGUGUACGAUUUGAAAGAUAAGAAGCGAACCAUUUCAAAAGACUUCCGACUAUUCCUGCUUUAGCCAGUUUUUGUAGUAGAAUAUGAUGUGGUACAGUGUCGAAUGCCUUUUCAAAAUCAAAUGAUAUGCCAAUUAAUCUGCACUUUUUUUCUAGAUGUUGGUAAACCAUUUGAGUGAGAAGAAGAAGAGCAUCUACGGUUGAAGUACUUGGACGAAAGCCAAACUGAGUUGGGUUAAAAAAGUUUUUUGUGCAUAGAAAUGAGUAUAAAUGCUUGUAAAUCAGCUUCUCGAACACUUUACUAACAUUAGAUAAUAGUGAAAUAGGACGAUAGUUUUUGACGAGUAACUUGCUUUCUUUCUUAUGUAUGGCACGUAUAAUAGCUUCUUUCCAGACAAGAGGAAACACACCGGUCGAAAGAGAAAGAGAGAAGAUAUGAUAUAACUGAGGAGAAAUUACAUCGGCACUAACCUUUAAGAGUUUGAUAGGAAUUUGAUCGGUGCCCAAAGAAGUUUUAUUUUUUAAACUACUUAUAGCUUUAAACACAUCAGAAACAUCAAAUUUAAUUUCCGAUAGAGACUGAGAAGAUAAAGGAAGUUGAAAAUUAUUCAUGGUAAGUGAAGAGAGUUGUGAAAAACUAGUUUGAAAGAAAGUAGAUAAUAACUCGGCUGUAGAAGAAUCAUCACUGGCUGUAGACGAAUUAUAUUGCUAGAAGAUGGUAAGUCUGCAACAGGAUCGCGAUACUUUUUUAUGACUGAUCAAAACCUUUUACUAUUUGAAAAAUCUUUAAGAAUACUUUUAAAUAAAUGUUUUUUGUCGGUAAAAACAUAAAGUCUCCGUAUCAUACUAUUGCCAAAAACAUAGUCAUUCUCAUUGAUUCUUACGCUAUCGAUAGUUCAUAAAACAAGAAUUUUAACUCUCACGAUACUUCUCUCGACCAAAUUUUACUGAUUUUACAAAUAUUUAAUUUUUUCUUCAAUAACCUGUUUAAAAUGUAUGGCGCACGUUGGUUUUUGACUUCAAUUUAUACAUACGAAUGUGUUUGGUGAGUUUUAGCUUCAAUCACUUAUUUAUUGUUCAAAAACAUAAUUACUGUAGAUAGAUCAAUUCUAUAGUGGAAAAUCAAAAGAGUCGAUCUUCAAGAGAGCACUUAAAAGUGUUUAACCUAAAAUUCAUCAACAGUAGCCCCAGUAAGCCUCAAAGGAUGAAGUAGACACUUCAUUCCUCGUAAACAUGAUAGAAAGUCCAUGAGACUACUAAGAAACGCUAAGGUGUUUAAACCUUUUUUUGCUUUAAAUAAUUAAUAUAUUGUUCCAAAUAUGACAGAAUUAUUAGUAAAUUUAUAUGUCAACAAGUUAUAGAGGACAUAUGCUAGAUAUAGCUAUUGAUCUAUUUUUUUAUAAUAUGCAGGUAAAAUCGAUUGCGAUGAUGGAGAAGAUGAAAUGUUCUGUUCAAAAUUGGAAACAAAUGUUUGUAACCCAUUGACAGAAUAUCGAUGUAGGAGUGGUAUUUGUAUACCUGCCUCUUUCUUUUAUGACCAAGUUGAAGAUUGUAUGGAUGGCUAUGAUGAACCUUUAGACAUACAAGUAUUACAGGUAGUGAAUUGUGUUACUGAUCCGUCUACAUACUGUGAAGAAAAUAAGUGUCCAUCGAUGAAAUUUUCAUGUGGAGAUGGUACAUGCACAAUGUCUAGUUUACCAUCUGUAUGGAUGUGCCCUACACGACGAGAGAUAAUGUAUACCAAAAAAAUGUUAUUGUUAAAUCCGACAUCCGAUUUAUCAUAUAAAUGCUGGUUAUUUCUCAUUUGUUAUCUGAGAUUUGCAAAAUACGAAGUAACCCUGGGACAGCCAAUUGAUUUAAAUUUAACUGUAGAUUGUCAACAAAUUGUCAAUGAAUCGAUUCAUAAUAUAUGUCCAUCAGAAUUUUUCUUUCCACCAAAACCAAUUCUAUACAGUUACGUACGUUUCAUUUAUACAACAAAUAAAACCGAUUGGAAGACAAAUAUAGCACCGAUAUAUAUAUGUUAUGAUCAACGUUGGUGUAAAUCACUUAUUACAGCAACAGCGAUAGAAAUAAAUGGCACAUUAUGCCAAAAGUUUGAAGAAUUUGACAAUUUGAACAUUAUAUACGAUAAUUGGUAUUGGUUUAUUAAAGAUCUUGAAAAAAUAUUUCGUGCAUGCUCUCUACCUGAUCUGAGUGUUAAUGAUUCCAAUCAAACAAAAGUUAUCGAUUACCAAAGUGAUUUGAAUUGUUCUCAUUCAUCCUUAUUCCAUUGUAAGGGAUCAUCAAGAUGCAUAUCAAAAUAUCGUUUAGUUGAUGAAACUCCUGAUUGUUUUAAUUCAGCUGAUGAAACAUAUCCAUAUACAUGUCAAAUGAAUAUGCCACAUCGCUUUAAAUGUUUAUCUGAAGAUAAAUGUAUACCGCGAAAGCUUUUAAAAGAUUCACAUCCAGAUUGUUUAGAUAAAUCAGAUGAAACUCCACAGCACAGUUGUAUGAGUCUAUUUUUCAAUAACUGUCCGAACUAUUCAAAAUUAACCGGAAGAUCAACAGUAGAUCACAUUGAGUUUUCAUUUAUAUGUAAUGGUGUAGUACAAAUAUGGAAUAAUCACAAUCAAACAGACGAAACGGAUUGCAGCGAAGAAUGGCCAUGUUUAACACACUUUACACGUUGUAACGGUGUUUGGAAUUGUAAAAAUGGUAUUGAUGAAUUUAACUGUCCAGUGGAAUCACAAUGGCGUAAACCAUGUGACAAUCGUAGCCAUUAUUGUAUAGCAAAACCUUAUGAAGAUCGUAGCUGUGUCUCUCUGAACAAAAGUGGUGAUAAUGAAAUUGAUUGUUUGGGAUCCUGGGACGAAAGAGAUCAUUGUCGUCAAGCAUACCCCCUGCAAAUAGAACUAAGAUAUCGGUGUUUAAACAGUACAAUAUGCAUUAGUCCUAUGCAAUUAUGUGACUGCAAAAAUGAUUGUCCUUUUGGCGAUGACGAAAAAAUGGUAUGUCCAUGGCUUACAGAUAGUAAAUGUCAAUCAAAUGUGUUUUUAUGUAAGAAUGGCCGUUAUGUACUUACGGAUGUUCGUUGCAAUGGUCGAGAUAAUUGCGAAGAUGAAAUGUUUUGCGAUUUAAUUGAUGCUCCAAAAAAGCGCUUUUUUUCAACACAAAAUCUUUUCGAAUAUCCUCCGUUAGGAUCAUUCAGCACUUAUAAUAAUAUUAGUAAAACAACAGCUCAUUAUUCAGCAAUAAGACAAAUAGAAAAUUAUGCUGAAAACUAUUAUCUCUCUGGCUAUUGUAACCGUGGAAUAAUUGUUCGUUUCACAAAUAAUAAAAAAGUUUGUCUUUGUUCACCAUCGUAUUAUGGUGAUCCAUGUCAAUAUCAAAAUGAACGUCUAAAUAUAAUUGUACAAUUAAACACACCAGCAUUUGAACAACAUAUUAUAUUUAAAUUGCUCUUUUUAUUAUUUGAUAACAGAAGCAAUAUUAUUCAUUCAUAUGAACAUAUUAUUUUUAUGCCAUCCAAUGAAUGUUUACCUAAAUAUUCUUUAUAUUUAUUAUAUAAAAAAUAUAGCAGAGAUGUCACUUAUUUUGUGCGUAUUGAUCUAUUUCGUAUGGAUACCAUAAACCGUAUUGAAUAUAUAUCAUCAUGGUAUUAUGAGAUAAAAUUUACUUUUCUUCCGGUUAAUCGUCUGGUAGCCGAUCUAUUUAUACCAGAAAACAAACUCUUUGAAACAAAAAGAUAUGCAUGUAUCUGUAAAGAUGAAUAUAUGGGUUCUAACUGUGAAAUAGUUCGAGCAAAAAUUCAUAUAUCAUUUGAUCAUUUAGUAUCGAUUUCAUCCCCUAUAUUAAUACAUUUCGUUGAUUUAGUUCGCAACAAAGGGCCUACUCGUCAUACCUUUUUUAAAUCAAUAUUAGAAUAUGAAAAUAGAUUAACUGUUUAUUAUCCUAGCGAGCGUUUACCAUUAAUUGCUUAUGUAGAAAUAAAGAAAAUAUAUUAUCUUAUUAUGUUAUUAAAACAGUCGGUGAAUGAAUUAUCAACCCUUGUUACGAUAAAAAAUCGUUGUCCAUAUAUUAAUGAAUUAUUAAGUAAUCAAACAAUACAUUCAUAUCAUUCAUUACAAAAGCUGAAAUAUUACUAUAAGCCAUGUAGAGAUUAUCAAGAACUUAAAUGUUUUUAUGAUGAACAACAAAUGUGUUUAUGUACAUCAGAACAUUUUGUUGAUUGUUAUCAAUAUAACCAUAAUCCAUUUGGAUGUAAGGGUAUUAAAAAUUAUUGUCAAAACGGUGGCAGUUGUAUACAAGAUGAUGACGUUUGUCCACAAAAUACGUUAUGUUUAUGUUCAGAAUGUUAUUAUGGUUCAAUAUGUCAAUUUUCAACAGGCGAUUUUAGUCUUUCCUUAGAUUCAAUUAUUGUUCCACAUAUCCGCCAAGGACUGUCAAUAGAAAAACAACCAUUAAUCAUUAAAUUAAGCCUAAUAGCUGCAUUUAUUCUGUUUAUAUUUGGCGUUUUGCUAAAUAUUUUAUCUAUAAUCACAUUUUCUCAAAAGAAAACACGCGAUUUUGGUUGUGGAAUAUAUUUAUUAUAUUCAUCAAUCAUUUCUCUACUCGCUGUUUGCAUUAUAACAAUAAAAUUUAUUUAUUUGUUAACACAAACAAGUCUAUCAUUUAAUCGAACAGUUAUUACUAUUAAUUGUUUUCUAAUUGAAAUUCUACUAAAAUUUUUACCAACAAUAAGUGAUUGGUUGAAUGCCUGUAUAGCUAUUGAACGAGCUAUCAAUGUUAUUUUAGGUCCAAAAUUCAAUAAACAAAAGAGUAGAUAUUUAGCGAAAUUUAUUCCAUUAAUAGUGAUCAUUUUAAAUAUAAUUAGUUCAAUACAUGAUCUAUUUUAUCGACGAUUACUCAACGAUCCAAAAAGUAAUCGUUUAUGGUGUGUUGUAAAUUUUAACGAAAAUUUAUGGUUAAAAACAUAUAAUUCUAUAAUAAAUAUAUGUCAUUUUAUUUUACCUUUCUUAAUUAAUUUACUUUCAUCUGUUAUCAUUAUUAUUAUAACAGCACAUAGAAAAGCAGUAUUAAAUGAUAGUAAAAUAUUACCAUUAGAAAUCAAAGCAGACAACAAUGAUGUGCAUAAGAAUACUACCCGUACUAAAGCAAGUAAUUCAAAGCAGAAAACUGAUUACUCUGUUUUAAUGAAGCAGUUUCAAAUACAUAAACAUUUAAUUAUUAGUCCAUGCAUAUUAACUCUAUUGGCAUUUCCAAGAUUAAUUAUAUCGUUUAUUUAUGUAUGUAUGGAACCAGAGCGUAAAUCACAUCUGUUUUUAUCUGGCUAUCUUAUAUCGCUUUUACCGAGUGUUACAAUAUUUAUCAUAUUUGUUUUACCAUCACAAGUAUACAAAAGAGAAUUUCAAACAGCUAUGAAACGUUUUCGACGUUAUAACAAUACGAUUUGA